AUGAACUCGCUGAAUCUGACUUCGCUCUUCAACGUCAAGGACAAAAACGGAGCGAAAGUUUAUAUCGUGUCUCGCAAUUUCGACGCGUGCCAAGCCUCCGCUGAUGAGCUCAACGCCAAAGGACCGGGGCACUGCAUUCCGGCUGCGUGCCAAGCGUUCGCCGACACGAUUUCCAAGCGCGAAUCCCGUCUCGAUGUCCUGGUCAACAACUCAGCAAUUGGACUGGAAACCCACGUCGAGACAACCCCAGCCAGUGUUUGGGACGAAACGUUGUCGCUGAACGUGACAUCGAUUUAUCUGCUCACUCGCUUUUUGCUGCCCCUCCUUGACGCUGCUGCAAUCUCAACCGAUGGAGCUCGAGUCAUUAACAUUGGAUCGAUUGGGGGAUUCAUGCCACAGAAAAUCAACACUUUUGUCUAUGACACGUCCAAGGCUGCAGUGCACCAUUUGACGCGAGCUCUAGCUGUUAAGCUUGCUCGUCGGCCGAACGGAGGCCACAUCCUAGUGAACGCCAUCGCUCCUGGAUUGAUUCCAUCGAAAUUGACAGAAGGACUCCCGUACGUGACGGGAAAGUCUUUCGAACAGAUCAAACAGGAAGUUCCCACCGAGCGUAUGGGCCAGGACUCGGAUAUGGCUGGGCUCGCCAUUUUCUUGGCGUCCAAAGCGUCGGGCUGGAUUUCAGGUCAAGUCAUCACGUGUGAUGGAGGAAUGGUCGGUACUGUCGAGACCGGGGUCGGGCCGUAA